CUCUCGGCCCUCGGGACAGGCUCCGGCCGCCGGUGGUGCCGCCGCGCUUCUGGGGAGCGGGGUGUGGGGGGCUGAGACCGGGCCGGGCCUUGCGGCCUGCCCGCUGUUGUGGCCGUGAGGAAGGGGCAGGCGUCCUCCACAGCCCGCCGUGCUGACCUGCGGGCUGCCGGGGCCCUGUCCCCCUGCCCGUUCCCCUCCCUGCCGCCGCCCGGUGUGGGUUUGUGGGUGCCCCACGGGGCGGGAGUGGGCGGCUGCGGCUUGGCAGCCGCGCAGGGACUUCGUGGCACCUCAGGCAGGUGUUUUUGUAAGGAUGGGGCGUGUGUGGAAGGGUUGUGAGACCAGCUGGGGGUGGUGGGAAAAGAGUGACGGUCCUGACCUGUGCUGAAGUGUUGGCAUCUGCGUGGUGGUUGGGUUUUGGUGUUGGUUUUUUUAAUGUUGCUGAUGUUAUGUUAUGUCUGGAGUCUUUACGUUUUGGGGACUGGCCUUGCAGGUGGUAGCAGAGCUGAAGAUACUCUGUUUAUAAAGAUCUUGUGUAGCAGGUGUGCUGCUGUGUGUGCCUAAAUUCCUCUCCUCUCCCUGAGCGGAGCAGUGAAUAGCUGUGCUCCAAGCAGGGUCAGCUAGAGCAGGUUACCCAGGGCUGUGACCAGUCAGGCUUUGAAUGUCUCUGAGGAUGGAGACUGCACAGCCUCUCUGAGCAACCUGCUCCAGUGUCCCACCACCCUCACAGUUUGGGUUUUUUUUUAUAUUCAGAUGGAAUUUCCUGUAUUUCGGUUUGUGCCUGUUGCCUCUUGUCCUGUCACUGGGCACCACUGAGAAAAGAGUCUACUUCCUUCUUCUUUACAUUCUCCAGUCAGAUAUUUAUAUGCAUUCAUGAGAGCUGUCUCCUCUCCACGUAAAACAGGCCCAGCUUUCUUGGCCUCUCAUCAUGGGAGAGAUGCUUCAGUAUCUUCAACAUCUUUGUGGCCCUACAGUGAACUUGCUGAACAGAAGAGCAAUGGCUUUGAGAAUGGUUGAUGUGCCUUGUCAGUCUGAGGUGACUGGCUGAUGUUUGAACACCAGCUGGUCUUUCUCUCUGCUGGCCAUCUCCCAAAAUGGGGAGGAUCAGCAUCUCAUGUUUGCUUCCUGCUUCUUGGCACUUCAGUAUCUCUCCGGUGGGAUGUCCGCGUAUUCUCAACACCACUUUGCGACAGAUUGUUGUGAUAGGAAUACUUGCUGCUGCUGUCUCUUUGCUUUACUACUCUCUGGUAGUCAUCCGCAAUAAGUAUGGGCGUGCAUACAGGGACAAAAGAUUCCACAGAUAUCUUGCCCGAGUAACUGACACUGAAGCUACAGAUACAAACAACCCCAAUCUGAACUAUGGAAUCGUUGUGGACUGUGGCAGCAGUGGCUCUAGGAUUUUUGUGUAUUGUUGGCCAAGGCACAACGGUAAUCCGCAUGAUCUGUUGGACAUCAAACAGAUGAGGGACAAAAACAGAAAACCAGUGGUUAUGAAAAUUAAACCAGGCAUUUCAGAGUUUGCCAGCUCUCCUGAAAAGGUCAGUGAUUAUAUCUCUCCACUUCUGAGCUUUGCAGCUGAACAUGUGCCACGUGCAAAACACAAAGAGACUCCUCUUUAUAUUCUAUGUACUGCAGGAAUGAGGAUUCUGCCAGAAAGCCAGCAGAAGGCAAUACUUGAAGAUCUGCUCACUGAUAUUCCCGUGCAUUUUGAUUUUCUGUUUUCGGACUCACAUGCAGAGGUUAUUUCGGGGAAACAGGAAGGAGUAUAUGCAUGGAUUGGCAUCAACUUUGUUCUUGGAAGAUUUGAACACACAGAUGAUGAGGAUGAAGCGAUUGUGGAGGUGCAUGUCCCAGGCAGUGAAAACAAAGAGGCCAUCUUUCGUAAGAGGACAGUGGGUAUUCUUGACAUGGGCGGAGUGUCGACUCAGAUAGCAUACGAAGUCCCUAAAACUGAGGAAGUAGCCAAGAACUUACUUGCAGAAUUCAACUUGGGUUGUGAUGCUCAUCAAACUGAGCAUGUGUAUAGGGUCUACGUUGCAACGUUCCUUGGCUUUGGAGGAAAUGCAGCACGCCAGAGAUAUGAAGACAGUCUAUUUACCAGUACAGUGCUUAAAAACAGACUGCUGAGCAAACAGACUGGUAUGACUUCUGAUUCACCCUACCUAGAUCCUUGCCUGCCCCUGGAUGCUCAGGAUGAGAUCCAGCAGAACGGACAGAUCAUGUAUUUGCGGGGAACAGGAGAUUUUAAUCUGUGUCGUGAAAUUAUUCAACCAUUCAUGAAUAAGACUAAUGAAACGCAGACAUCACUUAAUGGUGUCUAUCAGCCUGCUGUGCACUUUCAGAACAGUGAAUUCUAUGGUUUCUCAGAGUUCUACUACUGCACUGAGGAUGUGUUACGCAUGGGAGGAGAUUACAAUGCUGCUAAAUUUACUAAAGCCGCAAAGGAUUAUUGUGCCACGAAGUGGUCUGUCCUACGGGAACGUUUUGACCGUGGUCUUUAUGCAUCACAUGCUGAUCUCCACAGAUUGAAGUACCAGUGUUUUAAGUCUGCCUGGAUGUAUGAAGUAUUUCACAGUGGCUUCUCUUUCCCUGUGAGUUACAGCAAUUUGAAAACAGCUCUGCAGGUUUAUGAUAAAGAGGUGCAAUGGACCUUGGGAGCCAUUCUUUACCGAACACGGUUUUUACCUUUAAGAGACAUCCAGCAAGAAAACUUCCGUGCAAGUCACUCCCACUGGAGGAGCUUCUCAUUUGUUUACAAUCACUAUUUGUUUUUUGUCUGUUUUCUGAUUGUGCUGCUCUCCAUCCUGCUUUACCUGUUAAGGCUCAGACGGAUCCACAGGCGAAUGUUGCGCAACAGCUCGUCUACUUCCCUAUGGAUUGAGGAAGGCCUCCCACCACAGAAGAUCGCAGGACCCUUAUGAGAUGCUGUGAUGGAGAGCUUUUAUUGGACUUGCUACACAAAAAGCCAUUUUUGCCUCAGGGUUCCUCCUUUUUGUCCCUUUAAACCAUUGAAGAAGCAGAUUUCCCAGAGCGUGUAAUACAGCUAGGCUUUGGAAAUGUGGGAAAAUGGGGUCAACUUGGCUUAGUCUCAUUAGACAAUAUCUGCCAAAAAUUACUUUUUUUUUUUUUUUAAUAUUGCACUUUUGUGUGUAAUGGGACGAGCAAAGGCUCGCUGUCAGUAAAUGAGUAGCAGCAGCUUAAGCUACGUACGGUAAGAGAAUGAGUGUGAAUUCUCAUCCUUUGGGUGAGAUUGUGAAAUAUGGCUAGCUAGGAUGAAUGAGGACUGUUUUUAUGUUCUAUUUCAGAUUCCAGGAUUGAUAUCACUUGACUUCUUAAUUCUGAGUCUCCUCAGUCAAAGAAAAGGAAGUGCAGGGUUUUCCAAAGCAGUAAGAAAACAACCUUUUAGGACAGCUUAUCUGAUUUUAUAUUCUGGAAUAAGUACUGUGAUGGAGAAGACAAAUCUAUUGCACCCAAUGCUGUGCUUCCACAAAACUGCUUAAAUCAGUUUUGUUUACUUGUGACAGUUUCCCCUUUUGUCUUGGAAGCUAUAUCCUCAUAGUGGCAAAAGUCACGACCUUUUAGUCCUUUAUUUCUGUUUCAUAAUCAUUCAGAGAUCUCCCUGAAACUCCAGUAAGGUGAAGAGAACUGGAAUAUACCUAGGCUUUUGUUUCUGCUAGAGUAGACAUGCACAGUGUCUUUUAUUUUUUUUGAGUACUGAUUUGUUAAUUUAUAUUUUAUUUAAAACUGUUAAUUUUACUUGAAAGUAAAUUUGUCCAUGAUUAAAAGUGGGAUUUAUAUGAA